AUGGUUAACUUGCCUCAUGUGAUGAGAGCUUUAGAUCUACAUGAAUGGUUCUUCAAUAAAAUGAGAAAUGGGAAGCAUUUUCUCCUUGGUACUUACAUUAUUGGCAAUGAGGAAGACCUGGAUAAAGACUACCAAUGUUGUCUGGAUAUGAUUCACCAAACCAGAACCGCUGUUCACACUCUUAAUAAGUUGAAUUUCUUGCAUGGUAUUGGAUUUGGAGAAAAUAGUUUGACAAUCAAACUCUUUGCAAAUUUGCAUGGUACUAGUGCUGAGUUACAAGAGCGGUUUGAUUGCCUUCUUCGAACUGGGAUUAAAUACUCGAGCCUGUGCAGAAUGGUGACGGUGUCACCAAAGUUCUUAAACCAAGAUGUAGAAAUUCUUGAACAGAAAGUAAAGUUCCUUGUGAGGAGGUAG